AUGCGUGAAAAGAGUACUAGUACAGAAGAGACGCUUAGUCAUUCUGAUUCAGCUCAUAGUUUAAUUGAAGAAGCAGAUGAAAUGGAAGAUGUAGUUGAGGCUAAAGAGGAGAACAUUGUAGAAAGUCCUGAUAUGCCUACAGGCCAAAGAAACGGUAUGGCUAGCCACCGCAACCAUCCUGACCAUGUCAGCCGUCAAAAUCACCCCAGCCGCCAAAACCAUCCAGGACAUCCAAGUCAUCGAAGUCAUCCCAGCUACCAGAACCAUCCAAACCACCCGAAUUAUUCCCACCCUAACUAUCCUAAUAAUUCACACCCAAAUUAUCCAAACAAUUCUCAUCCUAACCGCCCUAACUCAAGUCAUCCUAACCAUCCAAACAAUUCCCACCAUACUUAUAACUACCCCGGGCAAUCCAACUCAAACCACCCUAAUUCCAUCCAUCCGAACCAUCCGUAUGCCAAUCACCCGAGUCAUCCCAGCUAUAAUCACUCUAACCCACCCCAUCCCAACGCAAACUACCCUAAGCCAGGUCCUCCUCUUCCCAACUACCCCAAUGUCAACUAUCCCAACCAACCUCACCCCAACGCCAGUUAUCCUAAUUCAGCCCACCAUAGCCCAAAUCAAUACAACCAAAACUACCCCAAACCAGGCCAUUCUACCCCACCCCAUCCUAACUCAAACCAUCCACACCCUACCCAUGCAACCACCUCACCCACGUCUACCACACCUACCACGCCGCCCAACUCCAAACCACCACAACCGUACGCUUCACCGCCCCUCCAACGAGGCAAGAUUUGGCAGCACAAGAUUGAACCUUAUUUAGAUGACAGUUACCCCCUUAGUGAGAAGCGCGUCCUACGGGUCUUCCAAAGCCGGGUCAUAGAGAAGAUUCCUUUCCGGCAUCCGUAUAUGGACCAGUACUACAUGAAAGAAAUAGACCGACGAAACCCCAGAAACCCUUCCCGACCUUUACCAACCGAGAAGACUUUAAUGCAAGCCAGCAAGCGAAUUAUUGACUCUCAUUUAGUUACAGUCCGCAACCGUUUGCGCAAACGCCUGAAGGAAGAGAACAAAAUGAUGCAUACCUCUCGUCGGUUACACGUUCGACUGAAGCAAAUAGGAUAUGCCACUGAGAGUUCUGAAGUCUUCUCAGUAGCCGCUCGUGAGUACAUUCUCCAAAAAGAGCUUAUUCUCUUAGAAAUGAACAGCGUAGUCAACACACUUUCGUCUCUCUAUGCCAACACCCUCGUAGAUGCCCGAUACCUCCAAAAAUGCACCGAAUUCCUUGAGCGCAAGCCUUUCCACAACCAGCAACCACCCAAGUCGUCCUAA